UUUGUUUACAAGUCGUUUUAGUUUUCAAACCGGCGGCAGUAAGUACCGCCGCGAAUAAUUUUAUCAUUUAAUUUAACUUCAAUAACGAUUCUUGUGUUUGCUCAUAUUCUUACUAGUGUUCAUCAUGUUUGAAGCCCACAGUAUUAAUGCAGAGCAUAAGGAUUUGAUACACGAUGUGGCGUAUGACUUCUAUGGUCGUCGAAUGGCCACAUGCUCUAGCGACCAAUUCGUCAAAGUGUGGGACCAAGAUGAAAAUGGAGACUGGAAUUUAUCUGCAAGCUGGAAAGCACACAGCGGAUCAGUAUGGAAAAUCACAUGGGCUCAUCCCGAAUUCGGUCAAGUCUUAGCAACAUGUUCAUUUGAUCGCACCGCUGCAAUUUGGGAAGAGAUAGUGGGAGAAGUUUCAAACCCUGGAGAAAAAGGAAUGCGCCACUGGGUUCGACGCUCUAAUUUAGUAGAUUCUCGCACAUCAGUCACUGAUGUUAAAUUUGGGCCAAAAUCCUUGGGAUUGCUCCUUGUCACUUGCUCAUCAGACGGUGUCAUAAGAAUUUACGAGGCGCCAGACAUAAUGAACCUUAGUCAAUGGACACUCCAACAUGAGAUCUCCUGUAAACUCUCCUGUAGCUGUUUGUCUUGGAAUCCAUCAUUUUCCAGGUUACAUCCUCCAAUGAUAGCUGUAGGUAGUGAUGAUCCUAAUCCUAACACAGGGAGUAAAGUCUUAAUCUACGAGUACAGUGAUAACUCCAGAAGAUGGUCGAAAACUGAAUCAAUAUCUACUAUUACGGAUCCUGUCCAUGACAUUUGUUUCGCACCGAAUCUUGGUCGUUCCUAUCAUCUCCUGGCUGUAGCCACCAACAAUGUCAGAGUUUUCAAAUUGAAACCAUUGCAGGAAAGUGGAGGAGUAGUACAAAGAUUUGACAUUCAAACAGCCGCUGUUUUUGACGACCAUUAUUGCACAGUUUGGCGUGUCAGUUGGAACGUCACUGGAACAAUCCUAGCAUCCUCAGGAGAUGAUGGCUGUGUUAGACUUUGGAAAGCAAAUUACAUGAAUGUUUGGAAGUGUGUGGCAGUUCUGAAAGGAGAUGGAACGUUACCUCAAACAGAGCCAACAACCGGAACGAUUGCUCAGCCGACUCUCUUGUCUUCAUCAUCGUCAGCUAGAUAUUACAAAUUAGGAUCUAUCAGUCAUCCAAACCAAGUACCGUGGCAUUGAUAGUUGGUAAAAUUGUUAAAUGCAUAGUGCUAAGAAUUAGAUGCGAUAGAUGUCUUAAAACAGAACUGCCAGGUUUUCUCAGAGGGGUUUUCUUUUACCAUUUCAAAGAACCAGAUGAGCUUUAAUGAUACUGAAACUUGACUUUCUUCAGUUAUGUUGCAUCUAGUUUUUAUAGACUGAUUUAGUGGCCACAUCACUCUGGCAAUAUUCGACACAUUAAUGUGCGAUUAUUAUCAUGUAUUGUAUAAGUGAUUUGCGAUGGUUCAAACAAAAACAAACAACUAUAACCUCAUGUCUAAAUUCUGUGAGUUAAAUGUGAUAUUUCAUUAAAAAUGUGUCAUUAACAAGUCGUUAAUUAAUUAAUGAAGCAUUGAACCCUAGAAAUUUCAAUUGCUAGAAAUACGUAGACUCAUUUUACCUCCGUGACACGGAUAAGGCCAGAUUUUGUGUACAUUUACAUUUGAACCAUCAUUUUAACCACUGAAACUGUUUUAUGGGGCAAGUAUGUAGUCAUUAAAUCAGCCUAUUGCACUCAUUUUUUCCUUUUUUUUGGAGGAGCCAUUGGCAUCCUGAACAAUGCAUUUGAAAGUGUUAAACCGUUUUAACUAGUUUUAGGUAUGUAUUUAAGUGUAAUUUUUUAUUUGGAAUUAAACAGCUGCUUUUUAAUAGUAGACCU